GUGUUAGCGCCUGAUUCCAGUUUGACCUCAAGGUGGCGCUGUUGCAGCGUUCGUUCGGCUUUAACCUGUUUCCACACGACACCAAGCUGAGAACAAAAAUAAACGGUGCCUACUGAGGAAGAGAGGAAUAACCCGACACCUCACACCCUAUUUUCUGAUGGUUAUUUAGCCCGUUGUGUGCUUUUACUGAUUGCUUAUGAAGGCGCGAUUGCACGUUCGCCACUUAAUCACUUCUACUAGGUUGGUAAAGGGCGCGUUUCCCAGACACCUUCACUUGCUCAGCUUGUAGAGCUGGUUGAUGGGAGGAUGAGGGGAAAGUUUAUCUGAUCUUUAUUAGCAAAAACCGUAAACGCCCAGUGUCAGGGGCAGACCCACACGUGCUCCACAAUCGGUGCAGCCCUACCAGCAGCAUCUCCCUGCCAGUUGUCCGGAUCGAACCUGUCGGAUUACAGGAACUUCCCAGGAACUUUAACACGAAGAGAUCUCCCCGAGAGCUGUAACCAACACCGCAACAGCAGAUAUGAAGCUUUCAAAUUGCCAGCUUUGAAGAGACAAAAAGGACUUUCUGUGAUAUUCAGACUACACACCAAGUAACACCCUCAUCUAUUCACCUUUCAUUCUGACUUCCAAAUGUUGCCUGAUUGCUAUUUGUUGGAUACCAUUGGGUUGAGAAAGAUAACAUCCUUCAAUUCACAGUGCGGGAUGGAAGUUCGAAAUGAAUACUAAAUGACCGAGAACUCUUCCAAGACUAUAAUGAUACUGAACGGAAGUUUCAGAUGCAGCAUUACAUCUCUCCAUCACUACACUGGAAAUUGUUUAACAAAGAAGAGAUAUUCUUGAAAAAUGUUAUUUAACCAGAACUUAUGUAAAUAACAUUUAUUUUAUAGUAAAAUUCUUGAACUUUAUGUGAAUUUCUUUGUGAUGUGCUUUUUACCAUGAUAAGGAGGUUGGCAUUUCAGUACUGACUACAAGAAUGGUACGACGAGGUUUACUCAGCUGGAUUUCUCGUGUUGGAAUCCUACUGGUCUGUUUAUGCUGUGUUGUGUCAGUUUUAUACAUGCUAACAUGCACUCCGAGGUCUGAGGAUGAACAGCUUUUAUUACCCCGAGCUAAUAGCCCUACAGGAAAAGAAGGGUACCAUGCUAUCUUACAGGAACAAGAAGAAGAACAUCGAAAUUACAUUGCAAGCCUAAAAAAGCAAAUUGCUCAGCUGAAGGAUGAACUUCAGCAACGCAGUGAGCAGUUAAAAACUGUUCAGGGUCCCUACAGUGAAUCUGUAGGUGUAGCCUUUGAUCAUGGAAGCCCUGAGAAGGCCCAAAAUGACCUGAUAGACUUUUUGCACUCACAGGUUAACAAAGCUGAAGUACACAAUGGCAUCAAAGUUCCAACGGAGUAUGCAGCUAUUCCCUUUGAUAGUUUCACUUUACAAAAAGUAUACCAGCUAGAAACAGGCCUUACACGGCAUCCAGAGGAAAAGCCUGUCCGCAAGGACAAGAGAGAUGAACUUGCAGAGACUUUAGAUGUAGCACUGGAUGCACUGAAUAGUCCGGAUGAAGAUGGCAAUUCCCAUAGAAAAGUUUAUACAUCUGCUGACUUCAUUGAAGGGAUCUACAGAACAGAAAGAGAUAAAGGCACACUUUAUGAAUUAACUUUCAAAGGAGAGAAAAGCCAGGAAUUUAAACGUCUUGUUCUGUUCCGUCCAUUUGGACCAAUCAUGAAAGUGAAAAAUGAAAGACUCAACAUGGCCAAAGUCAUUAUGAAUAUUAUUGUGCCUCUGGCAAAAAGAGCAGACAAAUUUCAGCAGUUCAUGCAGAAUUUCAGAGAAGUGUGCAUUCGCCAGGAUGGAAGAAUUCACCUUACUGUGGUCUACUUUGGAAAAGAACAGGCGCAAGAAGUACGAUCAAUACUUGAAAAUACCUCUAAAGCUGCAAACUUCAAAAACUUCACUUUUAUUCAGUUGAAUGAGGAAUUCUCUCGUGGGAAAGGCUUAGAUGUUGGAGCACGUGCUUGGAAAGGAAGCAAUGUCCUUCUGUUUUUUUGUGAUGUUGAUAUCUACUUCACUGCUGAAUUUCUUAAUUCAUGCAGAAUAAAUACACAGCCAGGAAAAAGAGUUUUUUACCCAGUUCUUUUCAGUCAGUAUAACCCUGCAAUAAUUUAUGGGCAUCAUGAUGCAAUUCCAUCCAUCGACCAACAACUAGUUAUUAAAAAGGACACUGGGUUUUGGAGAGACUUUGGAUUUGGAAUGACUUGUCAAUACCGUUCAGACUUCAUAAACAUAGGUGGAUUUGAUUUAGAUAUCAAAGGGUGGGGAGGAGAGGAUGUUCAUCUUUACCGCAAGUACCUUCACAGCAACCUAAUUGUCAUCAGGACGACAGUGAGAGGUCUUGUUCAUCUGUGGCAUGAAAAGCGAUGUAUGGAUGAACUUACUCCAGAACAGUAUAAGAUGUGCAUGCAGUCAAAGGCUAUGAACGAGGCUUCUCAUGGACAGCUAGGAAUGCUGGUCUUCAGACAUGAGAUAGAGGCUCACUUACGGAAACAGCGAGUUGGCAUAAAGAAAUCAUGAUGCCCAAAGAGGUCCACCUAUUGUGUCCAGUCCAAUAGCAACCUCAUCAAGGCACAUGAGAAAUACAAAAUUGUUAACCAAGUGUGUUAUGAAGAAUAGUUAAAAUAGACAGUGUAACCAACAUGUCUUUAAUAGAAGGCACCAUACUGUAAAGUAAAGAAAUGAUAAUUCAUCUGGUGUAUAAAAUUAGGAUAUUAAUUGAUAUGGACAAAGAUUAAAGACUGAGUAUUCCUUAACUUAGCUUUGAGACAGCAUUAAUAAAGUGCUGUGAUUAAGUGCUUGACAUGAACCUGCACUCAGAAGGGCUCUAGGAGGAAUGUUUAUCUCAAGAGAAUGCCAAACUUCAAUAUGCUUGAGAAACCAAAAAGUGAGGGCCAUGCACAUCAUGGAGAAUGCACAGGUACUCAGGAACCUUUUUGAGCAAAGAUGGGACACUCCAGGUUUUUUAAGGCGCACUUUAGGGUUAGGGUUUUGCAUAUGUUUAAUUUUGUAUUUUAUAGAUAUGGGGUUUAAGUGGACAAUAGAGCAUUUUAUAAAGGCUAGUGUCAAAAAAUAACUCUCCUGGAAGGAAGAAAGUUUAAGAAAAAUCGUGUAGUUACCAGUUGCAUUUUGAACAGUAUGCUACAUGUUAGAAAAUGAAAGCAAAGACCUGACCCAACUACACUUGUGCCUCUUGAAGAAAAAAUAAUAUGAAUAUUGUGAAACAUGAUGUGUACAAGUAAAUUGCUACUAUUUUCAGCAAUUCCCUAUUCCAGUCUAUUAGACUGUAACUAUUUGUUUUAUAUGUCUCUAAUAUCCAAAGUUGCUAUGCAUUUGCACAUUAAUGGAGUUAUGUAAUAAAAGCUGCAAAGUUUGCUACAGGGUAGUCACCAACCAAUCAGCUGCCACCUGUUUAACAGCAAACAUCUUAUUGGUUGCUAUGAGUUACAGCAACCAGGCAACUUUGUUUUAUUACAUAUUUCUUCCAUAAACAGUUGUUACCAUCAAGAGAAGAGCUCAGCCAUGUGGAUAGAGAAUAUAGAGGCAGAACUUAUUUAGAAAAUGCCUGUAAAGUCGCAUGGCAAUAAUCAUGUAUUUUAUAGGUAUAUAUGCAUCAGUGCAUAUUAUAAACCUUAUUUAUAUCAAAACAUUUGUGGGUCUUGAUACAGGAUGUUGUGUGUUGAAGUAAACACAUUUAUAGAAGAGAAACAAACAAUUAUGUGAUAAUAACAGAGGUUAUGAAUUUAGUUAUUUUAAGUUUGCUACUCGGCUAUUAACCCAAUCGGCAAGUAAUCAGCCGGUAGAGCAUUUUCUGGUGAUCUGUGUGAAAUACAAGCAUUUGAUGGUCGCUAUGGGUUACUAGGCUUAAUGCUUUUUGUUAUUUAAUUACCUGAAUGGUGUGUAAUGGAUGUAAUAGAUACAGAGUGUGUAUCCAUUGGAUAAAAGUUUGUAAAUUUUAUUGCAUUUACAGAAUGUGCAGGGCUUUAUACUAGCGAUGUGCGCGUCAGGAAAGCCGCACCCUGCACCUGACCCUAAUCCACAAAUGUUUGACCCACCCUACACCCGUAGCUGCGUCAAAUAAUAUUUGUAAAUUCAUAUUUUAACAAAUAUUCCUCUUUUUGUUGUAUCAACUCUUUGUAUAGCAUGUGUCCCUAAUUAAAAUGACUUCUCCAAAUCAAGAAAAUGUGUCUAGAAUGAUCUAAAACAUGACCAGACAUAUCACUAAGUCUCUCAGCUACAUAAGUAUAUUUCAUAUAACAAUGAAUGUGGUUUCCAUUCAGCACACACCUUCCUAGGUAGCGGAGUCUCCAAAUCACUGUUUCUCACCCAAAGGAGCAGGUAUCUAUUCUAAACGCUGUCAAUAUAAUUGCUGUCCCCAAGGGUUAAUUAAUGAGUUACAGUCUAAUUAGCAUUACUCUAAUUAAUGAUUACAGCUAACUUCUUUAAAGGUAGCCAGGCUGGCCCUAAAACAACUCAACACAUCUCCUGGUGUCUGAUCUAAAAAAAUGGGGGUAUAUAUGGAUAAUGUAUAAAUAUCUAUAUAUAGGAAAACAUCUGACAAAGGGCAUUGCAGUUGUUAAAUAUGUAUAUAUUUUUUUUGUUUUAGUAGUCGCUCUAGAGAACAAGAAGCAGACAGCUUUGCUUUUUUUGUAUAUGUAUUCUAUUGUUUGCCCGAUGGGUUUGGUUGUUUAUAUAUAUAUAUAUAUAUAUAUAUAUAUAUAUAUAUAUAUAUAUAUCUCUCUUGCUGAUUUCAUUGUACCAUUUAAAGACAAGUGCCUAGGCCAUGAGAACCUGCACCUGAGUUUUCUGUGAUUUGGGGAUUUGUAGUAAGUAGAGUUACUGCUGAUAAAGCAAGUACCUAUAAUAAACUGUGCCUUUCUUCUCUGGUUUUUCAAAUUGCAACUUAGCUUUAGUAAAAAGUGUGCAGAAAGUUAAUAUAUGUUCUUUUUUCAGUAAUGUAAAAUGGCAUCCUCACCUUUGUCUUUAAUACAUAGAAUGGCACGUUAUAAUGCCAUUUAUAUAUGGAAAAAUGGACAUUAAUAUUGUUUUAUGUUUCUUGAAUAAGUAUGACCCUUAAAUAAAAUAGACUGAACAGAAAAAGAUGGCCCUGUAAUAUUGGGAGGCAGUAAAAUUAUUUUACUUUUUUUAUGCAAAAGCUCAAGGUGGCUUGUAUGAUGCUAUGACAAAAUAAUGGCACACCCUUGAGAUAGACAUAUGUAUGUAUGCCAUAAAGAAUGGAAGCAAGUAGAUUUAUUUUCUUGAAUAUUAAUAAUCCUAUAAACAUGUAAAGUAUCGUCCUGAACCCCAUAGCACUUAUUCUGCAGCAUAUUCCUCCUCCUUUUUGUAAUUUGCAAGGUAUGACUGUAUUAGGAGUGACUUAAUUCAGUAUACAGGCGCCAGUGAGAUUUUACAAAAUGUUUUGUCAAUUCUAAAAGUUGUUUUAAAUAAAGAUUCACUGCCUCUGUCUUCUUUCUAUUACUUAAUUUGUAUGUCGGUAGCAAAUAGGGCAAGUAUCAGGGGUUUAGCACAAGUCCGUUCUCUGAAUAUGGUAGUGUGGAAUAAACUGUAUCUCUUAGCUUAGGCUGUUACUGUCACAAAUUAUCAUAUGGCACCUUCUAAUUUGUGAUUUUCAGAAAUUCUUUAUGUAUUGAUUUUAGGUAAUCAUUAGGUGAUUCUGUAAACUUUCCAGCAUAAAAAGCAGCAGUCACUAUCACCACUUUUUAUGUUGUAUUUUACAUUGCUUCUUACACUUGCAUGGGUUUCACCAUGUCUGAGAUACUGUAAACUAAUGGUGGAAAUUACAGCAGGUGGCACAAUAGAAAAUAGACACAUCUAUAUAUAUAUAACGAUUUUAGGGAUCACAAUUGACAGCAGGCCUCUCCAAAGAUUUUUUGGGGGGGCCAACAUGUUCUUGUUUCGCUACUGGGUUUCAAGGAAAACAUUCUUAAUUUUAACAUAAAAAAUAGCCUAAUACUGUAAAGACAUCCCAAAAAAGGAGUGUCUAAAUGAGACUGUCCGUGUUCAAUAAAUAUAAUCAAAAUGUAUGUAUAUGUAUAUGGAGUAAAUAUGGGUGCUUUUCUAAAUGCCAUCAAACUUGUGGCAACACAGCGGCAGUUGAUCUCUCUGGAUAAGUAUUUCCAUACAGUACAUGUACAGUAUCUGCAUCAAAACUCAGAGCUUAAAAAAAAGUCUAUUUUUAUAGAGUAAAAAUUAUUGCUUACAGUGAUGGGGACUAUGCUUUAUGUUUACAUUGUUUUAAAGCAGAACAUGAGGAUGUCUUUAGUUUCUUAUUUUUAAGGAUAUUUGGAGGGGGUAUUUCAUAGGAUUCCAUUUUAAUAUAUUGUUUUGUGCAAAAAAUUUCUUUAUAUAUUCAGUGAUAUUCUGAGAUCUUUGCUUUAAUUAUGUAUGUAUGUAUAAAUAAUUUAUUUGCAAAUAAAGCAAUUCACCUUUGCAUUUG